GAUUCUCAAUCAGAGGUGCCCAUACGUAUGUAUAUACUUAAAACCAAAUCCUGCGCUCCCGGGACCGGGGAAACCCGGUUAUCCGAUCUUGACUGAGCAAUCCGUCAUCUCCCUAGCUCAAUCCCUCUAAACCCUCCCACUGCCCAGCACUGCCCUGUUCUUGGAGUAGGCUAUGUUGACCUUGAUUAAGUUCAUCUCACAGCAAUGCAACCACUUUCUCCAGAGUGAGAUCAACAGUAGCAGUCAUCUUGCACUCCUCCAAGGCUGUUGUGAAUCACUUGAGACAGCAAAAUAUCAGCCACGAACUCUCCGUAUUUACCUCGCGCGAGUAUUGAAACCCAAUCACCGUCUCACUCUUACCAAUUCAUUGUACCGGGAUAUGGUUCCACUGGCAUUCCGUGCCUCUACCCGCAUACUCCCACUCGAGCCUGCUGAUCGCUCAAUGAAACAAUGUCGCGCCUACAGCUCGUCCUAUCACCCGGAAUCUCCACAGCAUGUUCUUCAGUGCACGUCCGUCCCCGGACUUAACACUCUUCGUGAGCAAUUUCUUAAUAACAUUGCUACACUCAUUGCCCUCCCCUCCUCUCGCUCCUUUUUUAACGAAUUCUGGCUCGGCACUGGUCCACCACCAAAUCGCUGCCAAAGUACGCUAUUUCGGACAACGACGGAAAAUCUGGAGCCUAAAGCCUCGGAAGAACUUUCAAUGUCUUCAGCUCACACUCAAGCGUAUAUGCAAGCAAAAGACCAAACAUUUCUGCGCUCAAUGGCCUUGAGGACGUUUUUCAGGAGUCCGCACAUCUGCAGUCUUGUUCCCUCACCUGUGAAGAUAAUUGUCUGGCCAUCUAUAGAAUCGUCGACCUCCUUUCUUUGUUAUCCUCACUGUUACAUUUACAAUUCACGUUUGUAACACCAGAGUUUGACUGGACUCUCCUUACCUCUGGAUUCGACUCCUCACUAGCCUUAGUCGCUCAGGUUAACGCUAAAAUGAAACGCAUCGUGAUCAUGUUUCGAUACGUUUUUAAGCCCGUUGAUUACAUCCAGUUGGAUGUGGGGACAUUAUUUGGCCACACAAGGGAGAAUAUCACAGCUUUAUCUGAAAUUCACUCUUACCUCUGAACUGAUUUCCACUCAGCUGCUCAGAGCUCGAGACCACAACGGAGUAUCCCAUGGCCCCGACAAAUGGGAAUUGAUAAAAUGAACAAAGAGCCACAGUCCAGAAUGCAAUG